CUGUAUGCCUCAGAACUCGGGUGCCCUGAGACGAGACGACGCCACCCAUCCAUUGCCUGUUGCCCGGGCUAGCAUAAGCAGACCCAUCCAUUGAUCCAUCCUGUCCAGCCUCCGGCGAACGACACAUCAUCCUUUCCGAUCUAUUCGUACGUGACCAUUACCGCAGACCGCUGCCCGCAUCGCCAUUUGCACUGCACCACUUGCCUUCCCAACCGCGCAUCGCGUCCGCCCGACGCCCUCGUCCCGCCGAGCUCUCCCGACCUGCCUGUCCAGCUCGGACCCUCCUGCCCGACCGACACUCGUAUAGACACGUACAUCUCGCCCCGCCCCGCUCCCCUCCUUCAUGAUCACCACAACGCUCCGGCCGACACGAUGAAGGGCUGGGGAGCUUACAAGGCUGCCGCCUUGCUGCUGGCUUGGCUCGGGGCGACGCCACAUGUGCUUGUCCAAGCCAAGGACGGGCCCAACAUCUCCAUCAAGACCUUCCCACACCUUCCUCUGAACCUCAACUACUUCGACCGAUCCGACAUAGUCCUCUUCCAGGAUGUCAGCGACCAGAACGUAUACCUGUCCAACGACGGCGGCAAGACAUGGGACCGCAUACCCGACGUCCCCGAGGGCAAGGCCUCGUCCCUCGUCAUGCACCCCUUCAACAACGAGCGCGCCUAUGUCCUGACCGAGGGCAAGGUCCACUACAAGACCCUCGACCGUGGGAAGACAUGGACCUCGUUCUUCACCGAUGCCGAGAUGAGCCUGUUCCGCGGCGAGGUGUUCAACUUCCACGCUGGCGACCCCGACCGGAUCAUAUUCAAUGGCAUGGACUGCCAGAGCAUCUUCUGUGACGAGAUAACAAUGUACACCACAGACGGCUUCAGGAGCGACGCCAAGUUUCUCCGCGGCAAUACCGAAGGCUGCUGGUGGGCAAAGUCCUCGGAGCUGUUCACAACGGGCCAGGACGACCUGGACAAGCAGCGCAUCCUGUGCGCCGUUAGGGAUGGCUUCUCCCCGCUGAGGCAGGACAACCGCCUGCUCAUCUCAGACAACUUCUUCUCUGCCAAGGACGAGAAGGGCGUGAUCCAGGAGUUCGAGCCGAACCUGGACACCAACAGGCCUGUCCAGGGCAUCGUGAACGUCGCUGCCGUGAAGAAGUUCCUCCUGGUCGCCACCAGCUCCCUCAACACGGACGAGAUGGCCUUGUUUGUCACAGACGACUCGCUCAAGUGGCACCGGGCCAUGUUCCCUACAGAUCACCGCCUCGACCAAGAGGCCUACACCGUGUUGGAGAGCACAAACUACAGCAUCCAGGUCGACGUCAUGACCACGCACCCGUCGAACCCCAUGGGUGCCAUGUUCACGAGCAACUCCAACGGCACAUUCUUCACUCGCAACAUCGAGCACACAAAUCGUAACAUGAUGGGCCAUGUCGACUUCGAGAAGAUCGCCGGCAUACAGGGGAUAUUCUUGGUCAACAAGGUGGAGAACUGGGAGGAGGUAGAGAAAAGUUUCCUGGCCGAGAAGAAGAUCAUUUCCGAGAUCAGUCAUGACGAUGGGCGCACGUUCGACUUCGUGCAGACGCACGACGCAGGCGACAGGAUUCACCUGCACUCUGUGACGCAGCUGAACAACGUCGGCAGGGUCUUCUCGAGCCCGGCCCCCGGGUUGAUCAUGGGCAACGGCAACCCUGGAGAGUUCCUGAAGCCGUACUCCGAAGCAAGACUGUACAUCUCCGACGACGCCGGCAUGCAUUGGUUGGAGGGCCCGAAAGGGCCGCACAAGUACGAGUUUGGUGAUCAGGGCAACAUCUUAGUGGCAAUCCACAACUCUGAAAAGCCUGACGUCGGCGAGGUCAAGUACUCGCUCAACCACGGGAAGGACUGGAAGUCCGUCGAGCUGCCAGGGGACCUCAAGAUCAAGCCCUGGAUACUGACCACGACCCCAGACUCCACGAGUCUGAAGUUCAUCCUCACAGGCCAGACCGGUGACGAUGACAAACCCGAGUUCCACGUCAUUGCCAUUGACUUUGAGGGUCUGCACGAGCGCACCUGCGAAGAUAAAGACAUGGAGGACUGGUGGGCUAGAGUGGACAAAGAUGGCAAGGCUACGUGUCUGAUGGGCCACACGCAGAGGUAUAGGCGCAGAAAGAAGGAUGCCGAGUGCUUUUUGAAGCAGGAAUUCCACCUGGUCUCGAUGGUGACGGCCGACUGCGACUGCACCGACAAGGACUUUGAAUGCGACUACAACUUCCGCAAGGAGGACGGGGAGUGUGUGCCCGCCGGCCCCGUCGUCGCGCCAGAUGGCGCUUGCAAGAAUGCAGGCCCGGAUGACACCUUCAAGGGCUCAUCGGGGUGGCGUCUGAUCCCCGGAAACACCUGCAAGAGGACGUCCGGCAAGCAGAAGGACGACCCGGUAGACCGCAAGUGCGGCGAUUCGCAGUCCCCGCCCAAGGCCCCGGGCAACGGCCAGGUCGAGACAACGCAGCACGUCUUUGAGAACUCCAGGGAUGUCGAGAUACAUUACCUCGAGCGCGGCGAUUCCAGCUCCUCGGAUGACGAAACCAUCAUCGCCCGGGGGAACGGCAAGAUCCAGAUCACCCAUGAUGCCGGCAAGACCUGGACCCAGCCAGACGCCCUCAAGAGUCAGUACUGGGGCAUCAUCCUGCACACGUUCUUCAAGGACAUGGCUUUCUUCAUCAAACCCGACGGCAAGGUUACCUACACGAUUAACAGAGGUAGGAACUAUGAGGAAUUUGAGGCACCAACGCCGCCUAACCUCAAGUCUCACAAGUCGCCGCUUGCUUUCCACCCCGACAAGAAGGACUGGAUCAUCUGGGUUGGCCAGAAGUGCACGUCCGACGGUGAGAACUGCCACGACGAAGCCUCGCUCUCCAGGGAUCGUGGUGACAACUGGAAGACCAUCGCGCGGUAUGUCGACCGGUGCGAGUUCACCGGGUCCAGUUCUCUCAGAUUCCGCCACAACGACCAGAUAAUCUGCAGGACGAGGAAGGGGGAAGACAGCGGCAACCCGUGGAACCUUGUUGUCAGCAACGACUUCUUCGACACCGAGGCGAUGCGCCAGGACGACGUGAAGGACUUCGCGACAAUGUCGGAAUUCAUCGUCGUGGCGACCCAGAACACCACCAAGAACACACUCCGAGCUCUCGCCAGUCUGGAUGGCGUUACCUAUGCCGAGGCACACUUCCCUUACAACUUCGAGGUCCCUUACCAGCACGCGUACACCGUCCUGGACAGCUCCACCCACGCCAUCAACCUGUUCGUGGCCACCGAGACAUCUGACGACGUUCAACACGGGGACAUCAUGAAGAGUAACUCGAACGGCACGUCUUAUGUCAUGUCCAUCUCGGGUGUCAAUUGUAACAAGGGAUACUAUGUGGACUUUGAGAAGAUGCUGGGUCUCGAGGGAGUUACGAUGGUCAACAUCUACGCCAACCGGGACAAGAAAAACGAGCCGAAGAAGCUUCGCACACAGAUUAGCCAUAACGAUGGCGCUGAGUGGGCUUACCUGCCGCCUCCCGAAAAGGACUCCGAGGACAAGAAGUUCCAAUGCAGCGGCAAGGGCGAUGAGAAGUGUGCGCUGCACAUCCACGGCUACACAGAGCGCAAGGAUCACCGCAAGACCUUCUCAUCUGCUGGGGCUGUCGGCCUGAUGUUUGGCUGGGGGAACGUUGGUCCGUACCUGGGCAAGCUCGAGGACUCGGACACGUACAUGACCACCGACGCCGGAAUCAGCUGGAGACAGGUCAAGAAGGGCCGCUGGUUGUGGCAGUACGGAGACCAGGGCUCUAUCAUUGCACUGGUGCCGCUGGAGAAGAAGACAAAGACUCUGUCGUACACAACGGACGAGGGUCGGUCGUGGAAAGACGUCGACUUCGACAAGGAAGAGAAGAGGGUCACCGACUUCACCACGCAGGCAUCUGGCGUCUCGCGGAAGUUCAUCGUGUGGACAGAGGACGGUGACAACACCAAGGCCACAACCGUGGAUUUCACAGGCCUAGCUGACCGGCCAUGCGAGCAGAGCGACGACCCCAACGAGUCCGACUACCGCAUCUGGUCGCCCAGCCACCCUCUCCAGGACAACGACUGCCUCUUUGGGCAUGUCACGCAAUACAUGCGCAAGAAGGUGGACAAGACGUGUUACAACGGGUACAGGAUACAGCACGUCUAUAAUGUCCAGAACUGCGACUGCACCCGACGUGACUACGAAUGUGACUACAACUACGAGCUCGACAACCACGGCUCGUGCCAGCUGGUCAAGGGCCUUGAGCCAGUCGACCACCUGCAGUGGUGCAAGGAUGACCCGUCCCGACUGUCUUACUUUGAGCCAACGGGCUACCGAAAGAUCCCCCUGUCGACGUGCCAAGACGGCACGGAGUUCGACAAGCAGAGUCGCGAGCACGUCUGCCCUGGAAAGGAGGAUGAGUUCGCAGAGAAGCAUCGCAUCUCGGGCGUGGGGCUGUUCUUUGCCAUCACGAUCCCGUUCGCGCUUGCCGCGGCGGCCGGGUGGUACGUCUACAACAACUGGAGCCACAAGUUCGGCCAGAUCAGGCUCGGAGAGCAGUCCAACGCCUCCCCGGCCGGGUUCGGUGGCGGGGCUUUUGACUCGGACUCCCCAUGGGUGCGAUACCCAGUCGUGGCAGUUAGCGCCGCGGCCGCGGUCGCAGGAGCAGUGCCGCUCGUGUUGGCGGCGGUGUGGAGGGCUGGCGUUGCGGCUUUCGACAGGUGGCGCUACGGGAGCGGCGUCGGAGGCGGCUGGAGCAGCCUCAACGGCGGCGGCGGCCUCGGCAGGAACAGGCCGUUCACGACGCGGGACAGUUUUGCGCGCGGGAGAGGCGACUACGCUCACGUCGAUGACGACGAGGGGGAGCUGCUGGGGGAGGACAGUGAUGAGGAGGUAUAAGGGGAGGCGCCUGACAACAGAGGGCGGUUUGGCAAGCAGGGGGAAAGAGAAGAAGAGGAGGGUCGUCUCGGGUAGACUGGGCAGCACUGUGUAAGUGAUGGCUAGGGGCAGGAUCGAUGGUUGAAGCAGCGUGUUUGGGGGGGGUGGUGGGCGGUGUGCAACAUUGUCUAGGCAUAAGGCGCUGGGGAAUUUAUGAAUAUUCUUGUUUGUCCUCUUGUCCUCUUGUCCUCUAAUUUCCCUUUUAAACCUUGGACACUGGGUGGGUUGUGGCUGUCUGCCUGUUACCUUGACUGAUACUGCCCGAGAGCAGCACCUUGGCCCGGCUUGAUGUUUGAAAAUGGAAGGGGGGAGAUUCCUGGGAGAACACGGCUGCUGCCAGGUCAACAAGCCUCUGCGCACGAAUCCGGGACGCGGGAAAUUGGUGGGCAAUCGAUGCUCGUCCGCUAGAGUCUAUCUUGUGGGCUGUGCUGCCGAUCCAGCUUGGUUAUGGGUUUCUUGCCACGACCGAUUCUAUCCAGGUUACCGGUCAGCCUGAGAACUGACGGGCCCGCCUGCUCGCCCGGCCCUGUGAGCACGUCUCAACUUGCUCCUGACAUCGUGGUCACACUUCAUGACUGGUCUCAUGGUUAACCAGCUGGCUCCUCACAGUUGGAACCUGAACACCCUCAUGGUUGGUUCGUGUCGUUUUAGCCGGGCCCUUUCGAGAUACACCAUUGGUGCUGACCGGUUCUUGCCACAACUGUCAUCACCGCAGAGGUAGAGCACCGCCAUCGUGCCGCCGCUUUUUUCGACCUGUCAUGUCUCCAAGGAGGGAACGCGGCAGGUCGCAGUGCUCCGUAGAGGCAACUGAGCACCACUCAAACAAGGUCAACUUCGGCUGUGGUGGAGGGGGCCUCACCAAGCAAGACCCCAACAACAGAACAACAAUGAAAGCCCCGUUUCUCAACGGCAAGGGUAUCGAUCCCUUUUGCUUUGCUGUGGAACCCGGGUACGGCUCCCGCUUGUCAAA